UGCCUCAGUGUUCUCUUAUCAGCCGUCUGUGGACUACAACGAAUUUGAUAUAUGCGAAAACAAAAUGCCGAUAAGUGUUUUUUGGAUGAAUUGCCGUGUUUAUUCUGCUUUAUUCGUCUUCGAAAAUCAAAAGUUUCGAUAUACGAAAAUGUUGAAUUUAACGUUGAUGUGAUUUAAUAUAUCGUUCAAACAUUUCGCGCAACCUCUAAAUACGUCACAGUUUACAAAACGGUGUAAUCUAUGUGUCAUUCGAGUUGUAAACGUCGGUAUUUUGUUCGUCAUAGCGUUAUUUUUUUAUAAGCAUUGUUAUUGAUCAGUAUAAAAGGAAAAUAUGUGUCAUCGAGCAAUGACGCACUUGCAGGAUACUUGAUCGAAUGAUUUAUCUCAGGUUUCUGAAGAAAGUUACACGUAUAUAAUUGCAAGUGUCAAUACAAAAGAAGGAUGUCUGGUGGAGAACGGAAAAAACGUGCUUGCGACAGGGGGCAAGGCUGGGAAGAGGCCGGUGCUGAAUUUUAUCAGGAAAGUUACCCUGCAGCUAUUGAGGCAGAUUUACAGCAAGUGUUACAAAGGGAUCCUUCUCAUAUAGCCACCCUGCUACCAAGUAAAAAGUCCCGUGUUGCUACAGCUAAGCGAAUACGUAAUGAUACCAAGACAACAUUGAGAAGACGCACUAGUACAAGAUCUCGAGGUACAACUACAUCCAGGCGUAUGUCAACAAAUAUCCAUGAUGCUGCUGUGUCUAUGUUACCAGACUUGUCUGAGAAUCUAUCUAACGAAGAACGCACUUGGGAAGAAAUAAUGCAAAUCAAGGCUAUGCCUGUGUGCAUGGCACAAAAGAUACAAUUGAAGAAUCAGUUACAAAGUGCUACAAAAUUGAGGUUGCAAGGUUUUGAACAAUUGAAAUGGCAAAGAAGGAAAGCUUGGCAACAAUUUCGCAUCAGAAUGAAGGAAGCAUAUUCGAAACUGGAACUGUGGAAUGAUAGCCUUAAAACGAUUGGAGGAAAUUUUGGAAUGGGGAUAGUAGCAUACUUUUUAUUCAUCAAGUGGUUGAUGUAUCUUAAUGUUCUUUUAUUCUCGGUUAUGUUCUUAUUUAUCGUAUUACCCGCAAUAUUAUUCGACGUGCCGGAAGAAGAGUCGUGCAUAAAUUCUAACAACAGUCACAGCAUAUCUUGUUGUUCAGAGGCGUAUUGGAAUAUAACUGAGGGAAGUAGCAGUUUAACAGAUAUUGUACAGGGCUCUGGUAUUUUAGAAUACACUUUAUUGUUUUACGGCGCGUACACUCGUAUUUCUUACGAUACUUCUGGUAUGUUUUAUAAUUUACCACUAUCUUAUAUUUGCGCUACCAUCGGUAUAUUCAUUCUUAGUUUGGUAGCGAUUGUUAAGUCAGCCGCUAAAGGCUUUAAACAGAGAGUCGUGGAAAACGAAGGUCAAUUUUAUAAAUAUUGCAAUUUAAUUUUUGGUGGUUGGGAUUACUGUAUACAUAACGAAAAGUCUGCAGCUGUAAAACAUAAAGCAUUAUAUAACGAGAUGAAAGGAUUUUUAGAGACUGAAAGAUUGGAGGAGGAAAGACAAAAUCGAACAAGAGAAGAGAAAACGAAAUACGUUAUUAUGCGUUUGUUCAUUAAUUUAAUUGUUCUGGCAGUAUUAUGCGGUUGUGGCACAUUUAUUUAUUACGUAUUUGAAUUUUCGUUCGAUCAAGUCUCACAGCAUGCAGUUCAAAGUUACACUGUAGGAUAUGUAUCAUUAAGCAAAAUCGCUCAGUUAUUUUUCGAGUUUCUUCCAUAUACAUGUAUCGUCGCUUUAAAUUUUGCAGUACCAUUUCUAUUUCGAUACUUGGUAACUCUAGAGAAUUAUAGUCCAACAUUCGUUAUACGCAUAACUCUUUUCAGAACUAUAUUCUUACGGCUUUCUGCUCUCGGUGUUCUACUCGCAUCAUUUUACAGAUUAAUUGCAAACGAAAUACCGGACAACGAGUGUACUAAUACUGCUAGUCGACGGCCAUUGUGUUGGGAAACAUUUGUUGGUCAACAAUUUUUCAAGCUUUACAUUACUGAUAUUUUUCUCCAGUUUAUCAUGACGUUUUUCGUUAAUUUCCCUAGAUCGUUAAUAGCAAAGCAUACAGAAAACAAAGUGCUACGAUUCUUUGGAGAGCAAGAAUUUGAUUUACCUAAGCAUGUGUUAGAUGUUGUUUAUUUACAGACUAUUUGUUGGCUUGGUUGCUUUUUUGCACCUUUAUUGCCAUUAGUCACAGUAGUUGGUACUUUUUUGUUAUUUUAUAUCAAGAAAUUUACUUGUCUGGUAAACAGUACUCCAUCAAGUAAAAUUUAUAGAGCAAGCAAAUCACAUUCACUUUUUAUGUUUAUUUUAUUAAUUUCUUUCAUUUUGUGUACGAUCCCAGUUGGUUAUUCUAUUGCAGAAAUAAUGCCAUCAAAAUCUUGUGGCCCAUUCAGAGGUUUUCAAUCUGUAUGGAGUUUACUGAUUUUAAUGUUCUCACAGUUCCCAGAUUGGCUUCAGUCGAUUUUGUAUUUCCUUGGCACUGCUGGAUUUGGUCUACCAGCUUUUAUAGUCCUUAUACUACUUCUAUAUUAUUAUUACGCAGUAUCAGUAGCAAACCAGCACAUGGUUACAGUUUUAAAGAAUCAGUUGGUACUAGAAGGUCAUGAUAAGCAAUUUUUGCUUAACAGAUUGAGUGCUUUUAUUAAACAGCAACAAGACCAAAACAAGUACCAUCAAGAACAAACAAAUGAAUUAGGCACAUUUUCAUAAUCAGAUUUACAAAUAAUUUUUAUGUAGCAAUUUUAAAAGCGCACAAAUUUAAUAUAUGUAUAAUACAAUUAAUUAUAAGCUACAUACAAAUUACUGAAAUUUGUCAGACUUAUGUUGACUUGUUAUGUGAUAGUAAAAUUAUUCAACUUCUUUUUUUAUGUACUGAAUUAGACAGAUCAAAAAUAUUUGUGCUAGUAUAAUUAUAUAGUAUUUAAUUAAAGGAUAACUUUGAUACAGGGUUAUGAAAAAAUUGCCAAUAUGGACAAUAUAAGGAGUUUUACAUGUACUUUAUGUUAUAAGAACAGAUUUUACAUUUAAACUUACCAUGUUUACUGCCAAACAAUUCUUACCAAGUUUUGUCACUUUAAACAAUGAGUAUAUAUAUUUUAAUUUCAGUAGUAAUCCCAACUAUGAUAAACGAGGCACACCUAAAAAAUCAGGGUACAAAACAAACACUGUGCAAUAGUAGAACAAAUUGCAAAUUAUUUAUUAUGUAUAUGUAAUUUUAGUAAUUUAAGAUGCAUCCAAAUGGAAUAGUAGCACCAAUAUAAGAAUAUUUCUUUCAAAAUGACUUCUUGACAAAACGAUGUUUAGAAUAAUGUGAUUUUCUUUGUUUUACUAGCGACACGAAAUAUCAUUAACUCACUUCUUAAUUUUAUAAACGAACAUUAGGGUGCUUUUGCUAAUAUGAAGUGAAGUGAUAUAUGGUGGACAUAUUUUUAGAUUAGCUGAGUAUUAGAAAUGUAAUGCAGUUGUAAAUAGGUUUUGUAGGGUGAUCAGAAGAAAACCUUUAGGAGUAAGAACAUAUUUUAUAGUGAAAUAUUCGAUAAAUGUAUACUACAGUACUUGUUCACCAAAAGUAUUUUAAUUUAUAUUAUAGACUUGUUUUUAAGCACUGUUAUUUUUUUAUAAUGAUUUUUAUUUAAAGUUUUAUAACUUUGAGGUGAUUUUUAGUAUUGUUAUAUACCAAAACGUAUUUAAUACCUCUUUUGAGGUACAUUUACAAAUGUUACAUUAAUAGGAGAAACUUUUGGAUGGUUUUUAUUUUGAAGUAUAUCAUUCUGUGGCAUUGGAGAGAAAGGUUCUUUUAUCUUUAAAUACUGCCAUUGUACAUGAAAACAAAAUUAUCUUAACUUUUCUAUUUAUGUACGUAUAUGCAUGUAUAAAAAAUGAUGGUAGGAACUACGCAUGUAUGCAAUAUUUCUUACAAAUAAUCAUUACAAAUUUGUAGGACUGCCAAUGUACUUUACAUAGUUUCAACAAAUGCAUUUUAUAUGAAUUUUAUACAAACAUGACCAUAAACAAGCAGCUAUUUAAUAUUACACGAAGAUAACUUUUACUAAAAACCAUAUUCCAUUGAGUGUUAAUUUAUAAUUAAUAUUCUAUUUCUAAUGUCAUUAAAAUCAAUAUUAAAAAAUAGAUAUGUAUAGUAUAUUUAGCAGUAUCACAUAUAACAAGGAAAAAUUUUCUGUGCUAAAAUAAUGAUAAAUAAUGCUUACAUCUUAAUUGCAACUUUUAUAUAUUUACAAAAAUAAGAAAACGAAUUUCAAAUGUACUAUUUAUCCUAUAAAAG